AUGAAGUUGACAAGCAUCUUUCUUCUCUGUGCCUUGGCCUUGUUAAGUUUAUCUGGUAACACUGAAGCUGAUUCCCAAGGAAGAAAGGCUAAUUGCAACAAUGCAAUUACUGGAUGCACCAAGAUUUAUGACCCUGUCUGUGGAAAUGAUGGAAAUACUUACGCCAAUGAAUGCAUGCUGUGCCUUGAAAAUCAGAAGCGCCAGAUUCCUAUCCUCAUUAAAAAAUCUGGGCCUUGCUGA